UCCCCACUAGUUGCCACGAUGACUUGGUGCCUAAGUAUAGUCUUAGGAUUUAUAUUAUUUGCAAUUGCUUAUGUAGUGAAAAUACAAGAUCCGCCUAAAAUUCUAGGCGUGUACGCGGUGCCUGGAAAAUGGUAUUACCUAAAAUAUAUUGCUUUCGGUGCUUUGUAUUACUUUAGAAAGUACUUCAACAAGAACCGCGUCGCAGAACGCAAUGGACGAGCCGGCCAUGGAGUGAAGGCCGUCGCUGACCCCGCCCUGAUGGACAGGCCACACCUGCUUAGCGACCACGCCAAGGCUUUUGAUGCAGUCUUCUUCAUAUCAGCCACGAAAAAUGACAACGAUAAGGGCAUUUACGUCGUCGCCGGCUGUGAGAGACGCCCCAUGGGCAUGUGCAACGCUCUGUUUUAUAUCGGGUUACCAGGCAAAGGAUUGCUCCUCAGCAAGAAAUUGCCAGACACAGUGAUAUUCGGCGCUGACGUGUUUGACUUCGGCGCUGAGGGUCUGAAGAUCACGCCGGUUGAACCCAUGAAAAAAUGGACCAUUGCUUACCAAGGACAGAUGAGAUUCCAAAACGAACCAGACAAACUGGUGGACGUUGACUUCAAGGGCGAGUGGUGUGCGACGACGUCUUACUUCGACUUCGACUGCGACUUGCAUGCGCCGGCAGUUAUCAGAUCCAUCGCUAGAGAGAAAUGGACCAAGCAGUACUUUAAGGCCCUAAAAACGGCACAUCAAUCACAUUACGAACAAUUCGGCGUACUGAAUUGCAAAUUCAAGAUCGGUGAAGAAUCCUAUGAGUACACUCUACCUUCAUUCCGAGACCAUAGCUAUGGCAACAUUCGUGACUGGAGUCUGAUGCACCGAUAUGCUUUUCAUCACAUCUUUCUGCAGAACGGCACUAGUAUUAGUGUGGGCGUCAUCUGCCAGCCUUGCACCGCUUCUGUCUUCGAAGUCGGUGAGAUUGCUCUGCCCAACGGAACCAUACUGCCGAUCAAGUGGGUCGACAUGAAGCUGUACCAGCACGGUGAAGGCGGUGUAGCACCCAAAGACUAUGCCUUCAACUUCAAAGCAGAAGAUGAAGUUUACACAGUUCAGGUUUUCGUGGAAUACGAAGCAAUCCACUACGUCUCGAAGGACUGGGAGGCUCGCAUGGUGGAGAGGUUCUGCAAAUUUAUUGUGAACGGAAUACCAGGCCGGGGAGUCUCCGAGUUCCACUACCGGUAUACAGAUGGCCGACCGGAAUCCGUCGCUGUGAAUGACCCGGAGUGGUAUAAGAGGAUGUGUCAUACAUAGAAGACUAUUUAUAUUAUCGGUCGACCAGAAACUUCCAGAAUAACAUCGAAAUUCGAGUUUCAAGUUUACUCGAGAAAGGGUCAAACGUCUUUUUAUUACAUAAUUAUAAAACACGUUUAUAAACUCAAAGUAUGUGUAGUAAUUUUGUUAUUCUUUUGUUUAAUUUUCGAUUCUAAAUGUUUUUUUUUUUAUUUUUUACAACAUCAAAUGACGGGACGAACAAGUCGUGCGCCUGAUGGUAAGCUACACGCCUGU